GAUGUACACAAAUAAACUGGUACGGUGCUCCCGGUUCGGGCCGUCUUUUACCGCGACAGUGCGAAAUUUCAGUGCCGAAACUGGCCGGAAGUGGUUCCUGCAUUCCUCGGUGAAAUAUCUCUGCCUAAUCGGUGGCAGCCUGGUGGCCCUCGGCUACGCCAAGCAUCGCCAUCAGCCACGGGUGUACGCACUCCAGCUGCGAAAGGAUGAAACCACCGAGAAAGCCAUCAAGCUGACGGCCCGCGAACGCCGCUUCAUCAAGUUCGCUUCGGUUGAGUUCGACGGUCAAAUCUACAUGACGCCGCAAGACUUUCUGGAGUCGGUCGUGGAACAGGAACCGAGACCACGGCUUAAGCGAAAAUCACUGACUCCGGAGGAAAUACAGAAGCUAAAGGACUUCACACCACAGCUGAAGCACGGAUCUUCGCAACUGUUUCGCAGUUUGCGCGAUAAGGGAAUCAUAUCCUACACCGAGUACUUAUUCCUAUUGUCCGUGCUAACCAAGCCACACUCCGGAUUCCGAAUUGCCUUCAACAUGUUCGACACGGAUGGAAACCAGCGUGUAGACAAGGAUGAAUUUCUUGUAAUACGUCAACUCCUCGGAGGAUCACUCAAGGAUCGUGACCUAGAUGAAGCGACUAGAAAAGCUCUAUUGCAUCUGGUAUCGACCACUGAGCAAGCAAAAUUCUUGCUGCGUCAAUACCGUCGUCCCCAAGAAGCUUCAGAAUCUCGACGACAGCAGCAAUUGCGACGCGGGGAGCAAAAUCAACGAGCUUCCUCGGAUAAAGGGAGUAAAACUUUCAUGGAGAAAAUAUUCAGCUUUGCCUGGAAAGGCAAACGUGGCAUAGAAAACCAAACGGGAGAGGAGCCCGGAGAACAUGACGACUACGUAGAUGACGAACAAGGUCUGCAGAGGAAGCAUAAGGUUGACACAACACUGCAAAUUCACUUCUUCGGCAAGAAGGGAAACCAAGAUCUGCAGUACGAUGGGUUCUACAAUUUUAUGAAAAAUCUCCAAACCGAGGUGCUCGAGCUGGAGUUCUGCGAGUUCUCCAAAGGGCACGAGCGUAUUUCGGAAGUGGACUUUGCUAAGAUUUUGCUAAGAUAUACUUACUUGGAUACUGAUGAGUACGAUAAUUAUCUGGAUCGUUUGCUGGAUAGGGAAGCCAAAGAGAAAGGAGUGUCCUUUGACGAGUUCCGUCAGUUCUGCCAAUUUCUCAACAACCUCGAUGAUUUCUCCAUUGCCAUGAGAAUGUAUACUCUUGCUGAUCAGCCGAUUUCAAAAGACGAAUUUGGACGCGCAGUUAAGAUCUGCACCGGUUCGGAGUUGAACUCGCACCUGAUCGACACCGUGUUCGCCAUCUUCGACGAGGACGGCGAUGGGUUACUGUCCUACAAGGAGUUCAUCGCCAUCAUGAAGGACCGGCUGCAUCGCGGUUUCAAAGUAAGUCACUACGAGCACAUAGUCGAAGAUUACCUGGAGGACAUCGACAAGGGUACGGCGCACGCCAACAACUUCCGCCAGCUGCUGAAGAUGCGUUCGCGUGCCUGUCGCCGGCUGAGACGGUAUUUGCUUUAUUUCUAUAACCAUCCGGACCACGGGUACAAUCUGGAGCACGAAUAUCGAUAGGGGAAGCUUCCGGCUUAGGAUCUAGUGGUGGUUUAGCUUCUAAUUUUAUCUCUUCAUGGGUGAGACGAAGUCCGGUUAUUAGAUGUUCAGCUCCGGUAUAGUGUUUUAACGAUGUAUUGUGGGAUCUCGUUUAUUUUUAUUUUAUUUUGUGUACUCUGGUUGUUGCUGUUAGUGACAACAGUAUUAUAUAUAGUUAAGCCAUGUACUUAUUAGUGUGAUGAAACAAACAAAAUCGCGAUCUGACAUAUCUUUGUGGAUAACAGACAUUUAUCUUCACAUAAAUUCCACUAAACGCCUUCAUUAUUUUCACUUUUUUUAUAGUAUUAUACUUCUAUACAUAAGUUGCAAACAGUUAACUGACGAUCGUAUGAUGGAAAACAUUCGUUCGAUCAACGUAGCAAAAUUGAUGAACUAUUUAACUGCCAAUAUUUAAUAGGUUGUGUGACCAUAGAUUGCUUCCUUGCGGUCCACCUUUAACCAAAUCAUCAAAAGGUUCUCUUAAAACAACUUUUGUUGUAAUACCAAGAUUAUUUAAUUGAAUUUCAAUUAGUGUUACGUAUUUUUGUAUUCAUAAAUAUUUAAAACUAUACAAUUUAACUAAUCGUUUGGUAAUUAAACUAAAACACUAAAACUAAAAAUUAGACUCUGACUUCGUCUCAUUCCCACCCACCCCAAACAUACUUUUAAUUAUUAACAAAGUUUGGUAAGUAACAUGAUGUGACUCACAGUUAGUUCCGUAAGCAGUUUGUGUUUCAUUUAAUUGAUGUUAUUUUGUACACACUUUCCGAUCCCAAUAGUUCUAAUAA